UGCGAUGUUUGGUUCCUCAGAUUUGCGCUUUUGAAAAUUCAAAGUGUGGCUUCGUUCUAUAUUCACCUAUCACGAAUUAUUCUUUUCAAAACGAUGUCCAAAUCGACCGUCCAGACAAAUGUCACGCACACUUUCCAAACGAAACACUUCCGGAUGGCGUAGCUCUACCAGUCCCCUUACCCCACGCGGAAAAACGCGAACCUUUCGAAACUUUCACUGGUGGCAUCGAAACUGCAAUCACAGUAUCUACGCAAACACGACUCGUAAACCUUACCGGAUGACGUAGCACCACCAGCCGUUUCACGAUUCGGAAGGGCAAUUCCAAACAACGCGGAACCGACAAAAACACGACAGACCAGCUUUUUUUAUGUUUUCUCAAAAAUAAACUAAUUGCUCUAGAAACAUAAUUUUGAUUCAAUAUUCAAAAUAUUUACUGAGAUAUUUCAGAUAUUGUUUCUUUAAUCUCGCCCCUCUGGUGCAUUGUCACCCCCAACGACGGUAAUGAUUAUCUUUGUAGCAGCAGCACUCGGAUUAUCGACUGUAUUGUCACUAAUGUUUUGGAUGUUCAGCUUUGGGUGGAAUAAAGGGACCUAUUGAGCGACGGUCGGUGGGUUCUAAAUGUUCUAAUACUAAUCAAUGGAAAGAAUCAAUGCUGGCGCGGCGUUGUAUAUUUGCUGUGAUUCAUAUGCUGAUAGGACCCAUUCAAAUCGAACGCCAGAAUGGCUUUUGUAGCGUGGAUAGUCGACUGUGAACGUCGAACUGGCAUCAAAGAUAUCAGACAUCUAAAGACAAUCAAGCAUUAGUGGUGAUUGCCGAACGACCAUUCCGUUGACGUUAUCUUAUCCUAUUCGCAAGUGGGAGCUUAUCAAUGGUCAACUGAUGUGUGCCCCUACGGGAAAUCGAAUGGAUGAAGCGUCGUGCGAUUGAUUGGUAGUUUAGCCACUCGCACAGAAUGGAUCAGUACAGACCUUUGUUAGGGGUAUUCAUACUGACCUUUCUGGUGGGCCAAGCGAUCGGUUCCCCAACAGACCUGAUAGGCUUGGUCCCACAGUUUGUGGAGUUUCUGGGAUCGCAAAGCUCGACGUGGAAUUUCACCAACUCUUCGACGGCUGAAUGGGACAGACCAUGUGUCAAUCAGUUGGAGUUGUUCGUGAAAGCUAUGCAGAACAAUGAAGCGUGGGCUGUGAAUAUGUACGACUCAUGGGGCAAGGUGCCAACUGGAUUAUUUUUCGGAAACAUUUACGAAUUCGGAAACUUUGACCAAUGCAGGAGGGUGCAGUAUUCACACUACUACGGAAAAAUCGGUGGACAACAUUGCACUAUGAUGGUUAAUGUGCAAGGUCUACAGCUCCCGUUGCCCCCAAUAUGGUAUAGCAUUUGCGUACCCGAUGUUUGCCAACCAAGGAUGGUAUCAGAACUGGUAAACACUUUUCUACAAAACUAUGGCAUGCAAAUCGUCAACAACCUGGACACAUUUUGUUACAAAGAUGAGGAACAAAGCUUCUCAGCUCUAACUAUAACUGCCAUCGUCCUUUUCUCAUGUUACGGAGCAUUCCUAGUCGUCGUUACAGUGUCGCACAUCGUGCUAAUUUACGCAGACAAAGCCCCACCCAGUUUCAUAAAUCGGUUCUCCGCUUACACCAACCUGUUGAAAAUUACCGCUACAGUUCCGCAAAGCCAAACCAAAACCGAAUCAAUGGACUGCGUCAACGGAAUCCGUGCGCUGUCGAUGAUCUGGAUCAUCAUUAACCACGUCCACGAUGCUGCUCUCGGACUUCCCACUACCAACACCGUCAUCCGCACAGAGUACACCAACAGCUACUACGGUGUCCUAUUUCACCGUCUUGGCGGAAAGGCCGUGGACAUCUUCCUAAUGCUUAGCGGAAUGCUGGUUGCCAUGAAGCUCUUACGUGAGCUCGAUCGUAAACGGAAACUGAACUUGGCUGAACUGUACCUGCAUCGGUACAUUCGCAUUACCCCUGCCUACGCCGCCAUGAUACUGUUUGCUUUGGCUUUCGUCAACCAUUUGGGAGAAGGCGUUCUAUACAAACUACUUGCCGAGGACGUAUUUAACGCCUGCUCCACGAGUUGGUGGUCGGCGUUACUCUACGUUCAGAACUACGUUCAUCACCCGCACAUGUGCUUCCCGCAUACCUGGUAUCUGUCGGUGGAUAUGCAGCUCUACUUCCUGUCUCCGUUGAUUCUGAUUCCUUUGUGGAAGUACGGAAAGCGCUUCGUUCCGGCGGUUGUGUUCCUAGCACUGCUCUCCAUAGCCUGCGUAUUCUCCACGUUCAUGGUGAACGGGUAUCGGUUGAACAAAUCGGCACCCGUAGGAGACGGGUUAUGGCCUCGGAAGACGUAUCACGCGACUCAUGCCCGCAUGUCAGUUUGGCUGUUCGGAGUACUGUUCGGGUAUUUCCUACACAGGACCAAAUCCAGAACCAUCCGUCUGCCGAAGCGGGCCCGUGUUCUUGGAUGGGUCCUUGCGGCUGGUAUGCUGGUGCUUACAUGCUACUCUCUAAAACAGGUCUACGUUGGAGAUUACGAUCGCUUUUCGGUGGUGGUGGAUGCCUUCUACGAGUCGUUGCAUCGCUCAUUUUGGUCCUUCGGAGUCAUGUGGUUGAUAUUUAUCUGCGUCAACGGGCAGGGUGGGUUGGUGAAUGAAUUCUUGAGCUGGCGAUUCUGGCAACCGAUGGCGAAGCUGUCGUACACGAUGUACCUGCUUCACAUCAUGAUUCAGGCUGUGACGGUUACGAUGCAUUUGAAAUCUCCAUUAUACUUCAGUGCUAUGGAUUUGAUUUACAGGAUAUUCGGUUUGGUAGGAGUCAGUGCCGUAGCAGGGGGUAUUUGGAGUAUAGCGUUCGAGUAUCCAUUCUUCGGGCUGGAGAAAAAGUUGUUCAAAAGAAAAGGUGCGGUGCAACAGUAGAAAAACGGGCGAAUUAUAACAGAUGGUAUAAGUAAUAGUUUUUUGUAGACAAUUUUAUAAUAAAAAUCGAAAAUAUAUCUUGCGAAUGAGCUAA